AUGCCGUACCUACCAACCCCACAGGCUUUCCUGGAACAAUCGGCCUUAUUACUAGAAGCAUACCCAGAUACGACCCGAAUCACAACCAAAUACAGCUUUCCCUCCCACAAACCCAAGUCAACGUCCACAGUUGAUUCCGCUUCCGCAGACCCUAAAUCUCAACCCCCAGCGACAACACCGGUUGCCACGCUGACGCUGAAAACGUACAAUCCCUCGGCGGGUCUGUGUCUCAAGUACCGCACUAACAAGGCCGCGGAGGUCGGUCGUCUGAUCACAAGUCUAGGGAAACUGGCAGCUGGUGCAGAUGUGGCUAGCUUAGGGUUGUCGGGAGCUGCGCCGGGGACCCAGGUUGCUGCGGAUGUGGAGAUGAUGGAUGCUCCGGAAGAGGGUGCAUCUACACCUACGCCUGCGGCUGCGAGUAUGGGGAAGACAGAUUCUGGUAGUAAAGGAGGGAGGUCGAAGAAAAAGGGAGGAAAGGGAAAGAGGAAGAAGGCCUAG